UUUGUAAAAUCUGACUACAGCUGCUCAUAGUUGGUUAUGAUUUACAAUAUCUUGAAUGACCUUUUGCAUUAAGAAUUGUUUUUUUUAUCAACUUCUUUUUUGCAUUUUUCUUUAUCUUGAUAUUUUGUUGAAUAUGCCUUUGCAAAAUGCUUCAAUCAAUGUAACAGAAUUUAUUAUAGGUGGUUUUGACAAAACCAAAAGGCCUAUGGUAGUUGGUGUGGUUAUAUUGAUUACCUAUGUUCUAUCCAUUCUAGCCAAUAUGUUCAACAUCCUCUUCAUUAUUUAUGACAAGAGAUUACACAAACCAAUGUAUAUUUUGAUUUGCAACCUUGCUGUUGUUGAUAUAAUGUACACCUCCAGUAGCAGUCCAAUAAUGAUUCAGGUUUUAGUUGCUGGGGUUAAUACUGUAUCGUAUGCGCCGUGCUUAGCUUUGAUGUUUGUUUUCCACUUGGGAGGGGUGAUGGAGAUGUUUGCUUUAUCGGCUAUGGCAUUUGAUCGAUUCAUUGCUAUUAGCUUUCCCCUUCGGUACCACAGUUAUUUAACAAAUGUUCGCACUUUUGUCCUUAUACAUAUUCUGUGGAUUGUUGCUUCUGGUUUUGUGGCUGUACUUCUUGCAGCUCUGCUUCCUCUCCCUCACUGCUACUCAAAGCUGAAGUACACUUUCUGUGAGUAUGCUGCCAUAAUGCGAACUACUUGUGUUGACAAAACGUACUAUUUCAAUCUGGCUUCCGUCAUGUUAUUUUUUCUCAUAUUUUUUACUUUCACUUUUAUUUGCCUGUCAUACUUUUCGAUAAUAGUUUUUGUGAAAUUAUCCUCAAAUAUUGACAAAAGAAAAAUGGGCACCACUUGCUUGAGUCACUUAAUCGUAGUAAUGGGCUAUUACGGUCCAACAUUUAUCAGCAGUGUCUUGACCAGGAUAGGCUUGGUAUUAACUCUUGAGGCUCGCCAUGGUUUAAUGGUCGGGUCCAUCCUCGGUCCAUGUCUUUUAAAUCCUUUGGUGUACUGUUUUCAGACAAAAGAAAUCAAAUGUAAGAUCUUUCAGGUAUUCAAAAGAUCUCGGUAGAUUCUUGUGAACUGUGAAUGACUAUAAAGGUUGCAUUCUUUUUAUGGUCAAAGUAUUAUGCUAAAAUGAUUACAUAUAUUCAUGCAUUUUCUAAACUGUUUGCCUGUUAACUGUUUUCGUCAAUAAAAUGUUUGCCAUUGUAGGUGUUCUCAAAAUGAUAUAUAACAUUUUUUAUAUUCUUUACUGUAAUGGUGGUUUAUAUUAUGAUACUGUG